GGUUUAAAGCGCCGCUCCGCCGCGCUCCCCGCCGCAGGGACAGGCAUGGCUCUGUGCGGGAAGGUGGCCCUGAUCACCGGGGGCGCGCAGGGAAUCGGACGCGCGGUCGCGGAGGCGCUGCUGAUGAGCGAUUGCCGGGUGUCGCUGGUGGAUCUGAACCGGAACGUCGGGGAGGAGAGCAAGACGAAGCUGGACGCGGAGUUCGGCGAGGAGAAGAGCCUCUUCAUCCAGUGCGACGUGACGGACAGCGGAGCCCUGCAAGAUGCGUUCAAGAGGACCGUGGAGCGGUUCGGGAGGCUCGACGUUGUGAUCAACAACGCAGGGAUCAAUAACGAGAAGAACUGGGAGAAGACCAUCCAAGUGAACCUGACGUCGGUGAUCAAAGGCACGUACCUGGGCCUCGACUACAUGAGCAAGGAGCACGGCAAGGAGGGCGGCGUGAUCAUCAACGUGUCCUCCAUGGCAGCGUUCCUGCACUCGCCACACCAGCCCGUCUACACGGCCACCAAACACGGUGUCAUCGGCUUCUCCAGGGCCCUCGCCGACGCAGCUGAGCUUGGCAACUACGGCGUGAGGAUCAACGUCCUCUGUCCAGCCUUCGUGGACACGCCGCUCCUGCAGACCGUCAGUCAGGAGGACAACAUGGGCAAGUUCGUCAAGUUCAAGGACGACUUCAAGCAAAGAAUGGACAAGUUCGGCGUGCUCAAGCCAUCUUUGAUCGCCGAGGGGAUGAUGAGGAUCAUUACAGACGAGAGUCUCAAUGGCGCCGUGAUGAAGAUCACCAGCUCCAAAGGGAUUCACUUCCACAACUAUGAGCCGCUUUCCGCUUGACGUGCACAGUGACUCGUAUCGGUCACCUCUUCUCCUGUUUUUAUAUCACAGUUGAAUUAUCUAUUUGCAAUAAAAAUUUGCAUUUAAAUCUG